AUGCGCCGACGACUGAAGCGUGCCCACGGGGGUACCAACCCGAGCAGCCUCUACAAGAUCCCCCAUGUGGCGGGGAAGGUACGCGCUAAGGGCGCUACCCCGGCGGGCGCUUCCGACACGGGUGCCAACGGCGACUCGAGCGAUUCUGCCAAAGACACGCAGGAUCCUCGGGAUCCUGGACCCCCGGAACCUGACGAGGGGUGCGGAACUGAGGCCGCCCCUCCCGCGCGGGCAGAUACUCGCGCAACGUCGGCGCGCGCAGAGGGGCCAUCUGGCCAGGGCCCGCGGCGAUGGGAGGACCGUUGGUCACCUCGAUGUGUACAUGAGUCGGCUCGCCACUCGCCCGCGCCUGGCGCACGACCUCCGCGAACGCACUCGUGGCACGAUCCAGGGCGGGAUCCUGCCCGCGAGUGUUUCCGCCACGCCCACCACCGUUCCGCCGGCCCCGCCGGCCUCCAGAUCCAGCCGAAUGCGGACGCGGAGGGGAUUGCUCGCGACGACCCGUGUCCCACCGACGCCCAGGCGACCCCCUCCCCCGCGUCGCCGGUGAUCGCCGCGGAGAGCGUUGCGCGGGGGAUCGCGCUCGGGGUGAGCGCGGGCCAGCCCGAGGAGAUGGACGGCGUGGAGAACGAGGACGCGCAGGGGACCGCUGACCGCCCUCCCUGUGCUGACGAGGGUCGUGUUGCUCAGGAGAAGGCCGGCGAGGAGAGGGCUGCCGAGGAGCCUGGCGCGGAGGCGAGCGCCCGCGCUCCUGCCGCGGCCGUCCGUCUGGGCGGUUCGACGCAACACGUGCAGGGGCCCACGAAUACUCUGGCGAGGGACUGCUUCUUUGUGCUCCCCUCCCCUGAGCUCACACCUACUUCCCCUCCCCAAUCGCCUCCCUGCACCUCCCAAUCUCUCUUCUCUCCCCCUCAGGAUGGCACCACAGUGCAUCGCUUCCUCUCCAGCAGCGAGCUGAGGGAUUUGUCCUCCCUGCUCUGCGCGACACCUCGUUCUUUUCAGCAUCCCCAUUCGCCUCUCUACCGCAUCUCCCCCAUCCCUCAGGACGGCACCACAGUGCAUCGCUUCCUCUCCAACAGCAGGCUCAGGGAUUUCUUCUUCGACGGCACCACAGUGCAUCGCUUCCUCUCCAACGCCAAGCUGAGGGAAUUUUUUUCCGUUCUCACCAUCUCGUUUGACAAGAAUGGACUGGAGUAUGUGACAACAGUGCAGGGAAAGCGGUACCCCUUUUAUGGCACGCAGUGGCAUCCAGAGAAGAACGCGUACGAGUGGGGGCUGGACCACAUACCCCACGGAGCACACGCCAUAGCCGUGGGUCAGGCAGCAGCCAACUUCUUUGUCAAUGAGGCUCGGCGCAGCACCCACCAUCCAGCCUCGGAUGAGAGCACGAACGACAUGCUUCUAUAUAACUAUGCUCCCGUGUUUGCUGGCAAGAAUGGGCAUGGGUACUUCGAGCAGUCAUAUGUGUUCAGGAAGAAGGUCGGCUUUGAUUUUGCUAGAACAACCAAAUGA